GAGAGCAGAGUAUACCGCAGACAUCAUUUCUACUACAGUGGCGGAGCCGUACAGGACCUGUUUCACUGCAGGGGGAUCCAAAACAAGCCCCGUGGAGCAGCAGCCAGAGCUACAGCAGCCGCGAGACACUGUUUCUCUCCCUCUGCCCCCCCUUCCCCACGCAACCCCAGGUCCAUUUACACUUUACAGAGGAUCGAGCAACAGAUCACCAGGGUGGUGCAUUCAAGCUGCAGAUUUGUCUGUCAUCUUUGGACAGCAGGCUCCUCCUCCACGGCCACUGCAGGGAAGUGCGUCACCCAUCAGGACACCUCAAGGGUACCAAAAUCUGAGGAUGCUCAAGUCCUAUCAACCUGCUGUUGGCUGAAUCCGCAGGUGCGGAAUCCGCGGAUACAGAGGCCUCACUAUACGCAUUCUGGAGCAAAAUGAAAGAGUUUAUGUUGAGGCCUCCAAAGCAGUGCUGCCACAGACCGUGAACGAGAGAGAAAGAGAAGACCUCAGCCUGCACAGACGGUCUUGAAACGCAAACGGUCUUGGGUCUAGGCAUUUUAUAUUGAGUUUCUCUACUGCCUCCCCUCCUGCUCAAGCAAAAUCUGUGUGAAAAGAUCUGCUGGGAAGGACCUGACUGCUUAUGAUUCCCCAUUGUGAUGAAAGCACAUGGUACAGUUUUCCAAAGAAAUUAGUCCGUCCGCUGGGUGAAGAGAAACUAAUCUGCUGUUUUCACAGGGUACUUCUCCCUUCCCUGUGAAAGGAAGAAAGAACACGCCUGGGCCCAGGAGCACUCCAGCUUCUUGUGGGAAGUCUCCAUGGUGAAGGACAGGCUGGGGCUACCUGCGAACCCUGCACAGUGAAUGUUAUUCCAGAGCGGCUGCUGGCGGAUCGCACCCGCGGGGAGAUGAUUCCUCAUGAAGAGCCUGGAUCCCCUACAGAAAUCAAAUGUGACUUUCCGUUUAUCAGACUAAAAGCAGAGCCAGCCAGCCAGUGAACCGGUCACCGUGGAGGGGGGACGGCGAAAAAUGAAAUCCAACCAAGAGCGCAGCAACGAAUGCCUGCCUCCCAAGAAGCGCGAGAUCCCCGCCACCAGCCGGCCCUCGGAGGACAAGGCCACGGCCGUGCCCAGCGACAACCACCGCGCGGAGGGCGUGGCAUGGCUCCCGGGCAACGCGGGCAGCCGCGGCCACGCGGGCGGGCGGCUCGGGCUGCCGGGACCCCCGGCGGAGCUUGGUUUACAGCAGGGAAUAGGUUUACACAAAGCGCUGUCCGCGGGGCUGGACUACUCCCCGCCCAGCGCGCCCCGGUCCGUCCCGGCGACCACGACGAUGCCCACGGCAUACCCGCCCCCGCAGUCGGGGGCCCCGGUGUCGCCCGUGCAGUACGCCCACCUGCCGCACGCUUUACAGUUCAUCGGGUCUUCCCAGUACAGCGGGCCCUACGCCGGCUUCAUCCCUUCCCAGCUGAUCUCCCCCACGGCCAGCCCCGUGACCAGUGCGGUGGCCUCUGGCGCGGGGACCGCCACUCCAUCCCAGCGCUCCCAGCUGGAGGCCUAUUCCACCCUGCUGGCCAGCAUGGGCGGUCUGAGCCAGGCCUCGGGACACAAGGCUGAGCAGCAGCAGCAGCACUUAGGCAGGACUGCGGGGCUCCUCCCCCCAGGGUCCCCACCACCCACCCCGCAGAACCAGUACGUGCACAUCUCCAGCUCUCCGCAGAACGCCGCGCGCCCGGCCUCCCCGCCGGCCCUCCCCGUCCACCUGCACCCGCACCAGACGAUGAUCCCGCACACGCUCACCCUGGGGCCCUCCCCGCAGGUCGUCGUGCAGUACUCCGACUCCGGCAGCCACUUUGUCGCCCGCGAGGCCACCAAGAAAGCCGAGAGCAGCCGGCUGCAGCAGGCCAUGCAGGCCAAGGAGAUCCUGAACGGGGAGAUGGAGAAGGGCCGCAGGUACGGGGCACCCACCUCGGCCGACCUGGGCCUGGUGAAGGCGGGUGGCAAGGCCGUUCCCCACCCGUACGAGUCCAGGCACGUGGUGGUCCACCCCAGCCCCGCCGACUACAGCAGCCGCGACUCCUCCGGGGUGCGGGCCUCCGUGAUGGUCCUCCCCAACAGCAGCACCCCUGCCGCCGACCUAGAGGUGCAGCAGGUCACCCACCGGGAGGCCUCCCCCUCCACCCUCAAUGACAAAGGCGGCCUGCACUUAGGGAAGCCCGGGCACCGAUCCUACGCGCUGUCCCCCCAGCAGGCCCUGGGCCCCGAGGGCGUGAAGGCCGCCGCCGUCGCCACGCUGUCCCCCCACACGGUCAUUCAGACCACGCACAGCGCUUCGGAGCCCCUCCCGGUCGGGCUGCCGGCCACGGCCUUCUACGCGGGGACCCAGCCGCCCGUCAUCGGCUACCUGAGCAGCCAGCAGCAAGCGAUCACCUACGCCGGCGGCCUGCCCCCGCACCUGGUCAUCCCUGGCACGCAGCCCCUGCUCAUCCCAGUAGGCAGCGCCGACAUGGAGGGGUCGGGAGCGGCCUCGGCCAUCGUCACGUCGUCGCCCCAUUUUGCUGCAGUGCCUCACACGUUCGUCACCACCGCCCUUCCCAAGAGCGAGAACUUCAGCCCAGAGGCCCUGGUCACCCAGGCCGCCUACCCGGCCAUGGUGCAGGCCCAGAUCCACCUGCCCGUGGUGCAGUCGGUGGCGUCCCCUGCAGCCGCGCCCCCCACGCUGCCUCCCUACUUCAUGAAAGGCUCCAUCAUCCAGUUGGCCAACGGGGAGCUGAAGAAGGUGGAGGACUUGAAAACGGAAGACUUCAUCCAGAGCGCAGAAAUCAGCAACGACCUGAAGAUCGACUCCAGCACUGUGGAGAGGAUUGAGGACAGCCACACCCCGGGUGUCGCCGUCAUACAGUUUGCUGUCGGGGAUCACCGAGCACAGGUCAGCGUGGAAGUUUUGGUAGAGUAUCCUUUUUUUGUGUUUGGACAGGGCUGGUCCUCCUGUUGUCCGGAGAGAACCAGCCAGCUCUUUGAUUUGCCGUGUUCCAAACUCUCCGUUGGGGAUGUCUGUAUCUCGCUCACCCUCAAGAACCUGAAGAACGGCUCUGUUAAAAAGGGCCAGCCCGUGGAUCCCGCCAGCGUCCUGCUGAAGCACUCAAAGACCGACGGCCUCGCGGGCAGUAGACACAGGUAUGCGGAGCAGGAAAACGGGAUCAAUCAGGGAAGCGCCCAGAUGCUCUCCGAGAACGGGGAACUGAAGUUUCCCGAAAAAAUAGGAUUGCCUGCCGCGCCCUUGCUCACCAAAAUAGAACCCAGCAAGCCCGCGGCCACGAGGAAGAGGAGGUGGUCGGCGCCGGAGACCCGCAAACUGGAGAAGUCGGAAGACGAGCCUCCUUUGACUCUUCCUAAGCCUUCUCUCAUUUCUCAGGAGGUUAAGAUUUGCAUCGAAGGCCGCUCUAAUGUAGGCAAGUAGAGGCCGCGUGGGGGAAGGAAAUCAGGCCCUCCUUUAUCAUUUGUAUCCCGAUUACUGUACUGUAGGCUAAAUAACACAGUAUUUACAUGUUAUCCUCUUACUUUAGGGUUCUGUUAUAACCUUGUCAUUAGAGUUACAGCGGGGGUUGGGCAGGAGAUGGUGCAUAUGCUUUUUCCACGCGUGUCUCUCAGCGGGUGGGCAGGCGGGAGCGGGGCAGGUCCAGCCCAGGCGCCGGGCGGGCAUCCUGGUGGAAAUGAAUGUGGCCCCACGCCUCCUGCCUUUUCUAGCAGCGCAGAUGCAGCCACAGGGCACUGACUUCCGCCUGUUUCAGGACGACGUUCUGCAGGAAGGGAGCUGCAGGGGCUGCGUGCGUGCGUGCGUGUGCAAGUGAGGGUGCCCCGGCAGGUGAGGGUCUGUUUCUCUCUGCCUCCCUCUGCCUCCCUCUCUCUUGCUGUCAGCACGGGAUUGGAGGUCCAGGGGAACGUCCUCAGGAGGUUCUCACAUGCAAAAUCAGCAUCAGGACCCCAGCUUCAGGGCAUCCUUGAGAGGCCAUCAGACAGCAGAUGGAAAGCUAAUCGUGUAAAAGAACAUUUUUUUUCCUCCAACAUAUUUUACAAUAAAAGCAACUUUUAAUCAUAGAGAUAUAUAUUUCCCCCUAUGGGGCCUGACUGCACUGAUAUUUUUUUAAAGAGCAACUGCCACCCGUGGGAUUUCGUUUCUGCUUUACUAGUGCAGUAAUGUCUCCAGGGCGUUGUGGUGGGCAGGGCAGCCCCUGCUGGCAUCACUCCGAACGUGGGGGGUGGGGUGGGCAGCAGGGCUGGGGGAGAGUGAACACCCACCCUGGUCUCUGUGCAGUGUUAGGAAAACCAAUCAGGUUAAUUGCAUUGAUUUCUCUCCCAAGAGAUAGACACAAACUGCCCUUCAAGAGAGCCACGGAAGCUCUUCGAAUUGGGUUUGCAAAUCUUUUGUCUUUUAACUCUAGUACUGUUUAUAGUUCAUGACUAUGGACAACUCGGGUGCCAUUUUUUUCAGAUUCCAGUGUGACGUGAGGAAUUAGAUUUUGAAGAUGAGCAUAUAUAUUACUAUCUCUAAGCACUUAAAAUGCUGUUCACACUUUAUUACCAAGCAUCUUGGUCUCUCAUUCAACAAGUACUGUAUCUCACUUUAAACUCUUUGGGAAGAAAAACAGAAAAACUAAGUUGCUUUCUUUUUUUUCAACACUGUAACUACAUUUCAGCUCUGCAGAGUUUCUCACGGAGCAAGAUGUUGAAAGUUUCAAUGUGGUUUAAAGGGAUGAAUGUGAAUUAUGAACUAGUAUGUGACAAUGAAUGACCACCAAGUACAGCCUGACAGGAGGCACUCUUCACUUUGAUGUUUGAGAAAGAAUUAAAAGCAUAUGCAGAGCUGGCAGAGGAACUGAGAGGAAAGGGAUGGAAAAAAGAAUACUCACUUUUGUCCAGUGUUUUUCUUUUUAAGACGAACUUUUAAAGAACCUUGCGAUUUGCACAUCUUGAGUUUAUAAUUUGUGUGAUAUUCCUGCAGUUUUUAUCCAAUAACAUUGUGGGAAAGGUUUGGGGGACUGAACGAGCAUAAAUAAAUGUAGCAAAAUUACUUUCUAACCUGCCUAAACUCUAGGCCAUUUUAUAAGGUUAUGUUCCUUUCAAAAUUCACUUUGGUCUUCUUACUGCAUCUGUCACAUAAAACCAGGUCUUAGCAGGACAACUCUGAGAAUUUUCUUCAGAUUCAUUGAGAGAGUUUUCCAUGAAGACAUUUAUAUAUGUGAGCAAGUUUUGUUUUUUUUUUUU